ACUCUGCGUGCGUCGCUGUGGCGAGAGGAGCGGAGAGCGGAGCGAGCGCGCGCGGGGCAGCGGCAGCAGCAGCAGCGGUAUGCGACAGCGCUAGAGACCGGCCAGCCCUUCCUUAUUCACCAUGCGGAGGGAGCUGUAGUAGCGCUGCGGUCAGCCUGCGUACAGUGGCUGGGUGUGAGUGCGUGUGUGUGCAAGAGUGCGUGAGUGCGUGUGCGUGUGUUUUUCGCCGUAGAGCAUCGGCAGUAGGGCGGGCACGAGGCGCUCAGGUGCUGCUGCUGCUGCUGCAGUAGUGCACGGCCGACCGAAGGGAAGGAAGAAGGGAGCGAGGACAGAGGGAGGGAGGGAGGGAGCGAGGGGAGGAAGGAAGGAAGGAAGGAAGGAUGGAGUUUAAGCAGCUGGUGGACACGGCGGAGAAAUGGUGCUCGGGAAACCCGUUCGACCUGAUCUUCGCCGAGGAGGUGGACGAGAGGCGCCUGGACUUCUACGCCGAGCCCGGGAUCUCAUUCUACGUGCUGUGCCCGGACGGCAUGACAGGAGGUAGCGACAAUUUUCAUGUGUGGAGUGAGAGCGAGGAUUGCCUGCCCUUCCUGCAGCUGGCCCAGGACUACAUCUCCUCCUGUGGAAACAAGACCCUGCUGGAAGUCCUUGACAAAGUGUUCAGAUCCUUCAGACCUCUUCUGGGUCUUCCGGACAUCGACGACGACACAUAUGAGCAGUACCACGCAGACGUGGAGGAGGAAGCAGAGACGGACCACCAGCAGAUGGGUGUUAGCCAGCAAUAAUGCCCAGGCAGGCAGCUCGGCUGUGGGCCCGCGAUAACGCCCGGUGUUGGGGGGUCGUUGUUUAAUGGGCCAGAGAUUCUCUUUCCUCUGUUUCUUCUUCCCUCCCUUUUUUCUUAUUCCUCCAUGCCAUGUUCACUACUCUACUCUUUUAUGAAACUAUUUUAUGAAACACUAUAUCCUUCUCUCUCUUGUUCUCUCUCUCUCUCUAUCUUUCUCUCUUUUUCUCUCUCUUUCUCUCGCCCUCACACACCUUCACACAAAAGCAGGAGCCUGCUAAACUGCACCAUUAUGCCCUUUAAUAUAUAGAUGGCUAUGUUUUCCACUUUUUACGUUUUUCUGCCUUGUUUUAAACAGCAAGGCAUUUAAUCCAUAUUAUUGCAUUAUUAUGCACACUUAUAUUACGCUUUCCACUCAAGCCCUUUUAAAUAUCAGAACAUGGAAACUAUUCUUUCAUUAUUUUAAGUUACGUUCCCCUCAUUUUUUUAUUUUUGUUUUACGUAUGGCUAUUAUAGCCCGUGAGACAUUUCUGCUGUUCAUCUUAGAUGGUAAAGGCUCAUUAACAUGGAUUGCUUUGAAUUGAGGCUCUUAUCAUAACAACCGAUUGAUAUUGAUGAAUAGAUAUUGUCGUAUUGAAUGUAUGGGCUUAUGUAUGAAAGUCCUGAUGGAUUGCUCGUAACUAGGUGUAAUGUCUGAGACCAGUCAGUUGCAGUUGCGGUGGUUUCAAAGGUCAGAACCGUGGACCUGGUGUGAAUGGGAAAAGUUGAUGCUAGAGAUCUUAGUCUUAGUCUUAGCCUGAGACACUCAACACACAAUGCACCCACAGCAGAGACGAUGGUGUGAUUGGAUUUUGGAUAGAAGUGGAUAGAAGUGCUUGCUGUAAUUGUGGUUCCUCCUCUUUUCACUAGCCUUUAACUGUAUUGAAAUUUACAGAGGUGCCAGUUUAUUAGGUCCUAUGGUUGUUGGUCCCAGUGUAUUAGUGGUUCAUGGAUGGAGUUGAGGGGAGUCAAUGAACUGUAUAACACCAAAUGGGUGACCAACACUGCUCCUGUAGAGCUACCAUCCUUUAGGUUCUACCUCCAUCCCAAAUCUAACACACCCGAUUCAACUGAUCCAGCUCUUUUGGAGGCAGUGAUUACACGGAUCAGGUGGGAUUGAUUGGUGGCUGGAGCUUACAUCCUCUGGAGAAUAGCCCAGAUUGUCCAGGAGCUAGGUUGGUGAAGUGUUGGGCGGUCAGGGCACAGUGAGGGUUAAGGUAAAAGCUUAUGCUUGCUCAACCUGAGUAUUAAAUCCACCACAGUCAUUAAAAAAGCUGGUGUUCUAAAUGUUAAGCCUCCAUUGUCCCAAAGAUCAUAUGAUGGGGAACCCAGAUUUCAAUUUGAAACAUCUUGGAGCGUUUCUGCCAACGUUUCUCCCUCUGUUUGGUUUGGUUUCACACAGGCACAAACCUAAACGCACUAGAAUGCUCACUCACAAUAAACCACGUGAGCACAUUGUCUGAAAGUAAAUAUAAUGAGAAGAUUCUGUGUUCCAGUGUGUAUAUCUGUGCGAGGUGAAGCUGCUUUAACACAGCACGCUGAAAAAAAAAAACUUUUAAACUUUUAAAGUGUUUUCAAUGGGACGUGUAGCUCAGAUGUGAGCAGUGAACGCUGCACAUACCGUGCUCUUAGUGUGUAAACAGCAUGGAGCAGCAGCAGAGACAGUGUUUUUUGUUCAUAGCUGUGGUAAUUAUCAUUAUCUAAUAGCUAAUAUAUCAGAUUGAACUGCAUCUUAUCAGCAGAGUAGCUCAAAUAUAGAAGGAAUAUAUUUGAUAACUUGGUCGGAUCGAGACUGGACCUUGAUUUUUUACCACAAGUGGACCGUUCAUGAGUUUGUUUGGAACCAGACCGAGACCCCCUCCAUUAGCUUCACUGAUCUCAGAAUCCACUUUAACCAGAACUAAUUGUGCUGGUGUGAAGACACUCUUAAUCUGCAUUGUUAUUAGGAUUGUUAGAAAUGUAAAGGAUUGUGAUCCAGAGCUAAAACAGUACUAAGACAUUUUUAAAAGAACCAUUUAAAAUAAAGAUCGGUGCACCUAAUAAACUGGCAACUUGGUCUCUGCAUUACAUAAAGUUUUUGACAUUUGCCCUGGUUUCUAUAGCAGCUUCUCUUCCAUUCUUUUCCAUGCUGCUCUGCUCAUCACGUGUUAGCCAGGGGAUAUGCUUGAACGUGUACUCUAUGAAUGGCACUUGUUUCUUUUCCUCAGCUGGUUCCUCAGUGCAUGCAGUACAAUAAGCAUGCUUAAGUAGUCCAGAACCCUCCAGUGAUCCAGCGAAGCUGUAUUUUGCAAAGUUAAGGGGGUUCUGUAUGGGGACAAUUUCCUCUCCUUAUCCUACAGCAAAUGAGAACAGAGCUGACUGAGGAGAAUCUGAUCCUAGACCAGUUAGCACUUCAUGAUGUCAGGCUCCGAGCCUGGUCUGACUCGGCACUUGCAAAGGCCUGUAUUUUUGGUGUGAAGAAGGUGAGCGAGGAUUGGUCCGGUACGUCCCGUUCUGUUGGUGGACACCUUGCUUACACUGCGCUUGCUGCAGGAACGGAAGUUGACAGGAUUCUGCUGACCUCAUAUGUUCAGUGCCCGCCUAAUGCUGCCCCUACUACCACCACACACACACACAUAUAUACACACACACACACACAUAUAUACACACACACAAAUACACUCUCACUGCUUCCAUAUCGUCUUCCUCCCUAAGCUAAGUGUGCUGCCAGCAUAGAGAUAAAUUGGUCCACAUGUACUGAAGUCUGUCGUGAGGUUAGUCAGAGCUGCUGUUCUAUAUUCAUAUUUAUUUGAUUGUCCAGCUUUAGAAUUUGUUCUGGAUUGCUGUAAGCUUUAUGCAUUGAUUUUUUUUCCCCCCGUUUGAUUUCAACACCUCCUUUUAUUACGUCACUUUUAAAUGAGUUGUGGUUUUGCCUAAAGAUGUAAGAUUUUAUAGUUUGGAACUAUUGUUUCCCUCAUGCUUUGUUACGCGUUUUGUUUUUGUCCUCUGGUUUGUGUAAAAGUCCUAAAUUAAAUUAAACCAUGUGGAGGUGAUGAUC